AUAUUCCUACAGAGUCUGGCACUGACGUCUGAUCUUCCGCAAAGAGGCUGCUCAGGUAAAAAGAUGCUACACUUUAUAUUUGUGGUUUGUAUCAUCAUGAGAGCAAAGCUUGAGAAAUAAAUUUAUGACCCACCCCGUCCAAGUCUGUGUAAAUUAUCAAUGUUUCGAACAUUGGUUGGAAUGGAAAACAAAGAAAUAAUAAUUUUCAAGCUGCACUGUUCUUGUUUUUAAACACACAUCCUCCAAAACUAACAUUUAGUUUGUAACUAUGCACUGUAUCUUCAAAGUAUACAGGAAGAUCCUUCUUCAUGAGCAACCAGCUGCUGUUGCUGGGAUCCUGGUUCUUGAGAUAAAGAAAAAACAAGAUAUGCAGAUAGCAGUCUUUGUCUUACUACAGCAGGCAAGAAUCAGGCUUUUUAGCCUAUGUGAUUGACAGGAAACUCACUAUUAAGUCCCAUGAUUAUUCUUCAAAAAACUGUGUUUUGUGUGCAUUUGUUGUAUGAACUCUGCAUUUAUUCUCUGCAAGGCUAAAAACAGAAGCAGGGCGAAUGAUUUGUUCAUGUCUUUGCAUGCAUUACUCAUAUUGCUUCAAUUAAAAAGAUAACUGCACGCUUCAGUUACUAAUUUUAACAUUUCAUCAGCUGCUCUAUAUAAUGAUAAGAUGCUUUUUGGCUUUUGGCUGUAAUAGAACAACUACCAAUGAAUUCAGAUUUUUUUUUCCAAAGGGCAUUUUAUUAUGUAAGAGUCAAUUAUUAAGAAAACUAUAAAUUUCAUCCUUUUGAGCAUGUAGGAGCUGAUGUGAGGAAUAAUGUGAUUUUUAACUAAAUGAGACGCUCAACAGCAAUGUUUUUUGAAAUAAUCUAUGGCAACAUGGUAAUAAAUAAAAUGAAGAUUUUAUUUAGGUGCAUUCAAUGAAAAAGGGACAGAAAACUAAGUAAAGUCUUUUUGCAUCACACCAGGCUGACGAUGGUGUUUCAGUAUGAUCAGUCAUAAGAUCAGUCAGCACUCAAUCUGAUCUAAAAUCAUCAAAAACAUUACAUUUGCUCCAUGAUCCCAUGCAUGUUUGUUGUUUUGUUUUCAUUGACGCCCACCUUUACUGUAUGUCUAAAAUGCAUUUAUUUAAAUAAAAGUUUUCUGUUACAUGUUGAUAUUUUGUUGCAAAUUGUGGUCAGUAAAAAACACAUAAAGUCCGAUUUAAAGACGUUUCCUCCAUGCAUCCAUCCAUCCACAUGUCCGUCCAUCCAUCCAUGGGAUAAGGAAGAAGGAAGAAAGAAAGAAGGUGUUUUUUCCAGGAACCACCAUUGCUCCACUGUAUUCAGUUACAUUGCAGUGUGUCCAGAAAUAUAAAAUAGAUUCUACAUAUGAAAACACAAGAAGUGCAGAACAUGUUGUACGCAACCAGUGCAUCACAGCACCCACACAUAUACAGUUCUGGAAAAAAAGUGAGAGACCACUCCAUUGAAUCCCACUGAAAACCUCCUCGUUAUUACAGAAAAUAUUGAUUUCUGAACUCUUCCUGGUUAUAACAUGAGUAUUGUUGUUUCUGAAUGAGUAUGCACUUGUUUUCUUUGUAUUAUUUGAGGUCUGAAAGCACUGCAUUUUUUGUUAUUUUGAUAUUUUUUCAUUUUCUGCAAAUAAAUUCAUUUUUUACAAGAAAUUUCAGUAGUUCAUAGAAUAAAAGAACAAUGUUCAUUUUACUCAAAUACAUACCUAUGAGAAGUAAAGUCAGAGAAAGUGAUAAUUUUAAGUGGUGUCUAAAUUAUUUUUAGAGCUGUAGAUGUACAAUUAAUAAAAAAAUGUUGUGUUAUCCAAGAGAAAGACUCAAACCAAUGAAACACUAGAGAAUUUUCAAAAACAGGCUGUUUAAGUUCAUGUCACGGAAUAAGAUUUAAAUUCAAACUUUUACUUGGUCACUCCAAAGGUUCAUUUGCAUGGAUACGAUGGUGUUCUUUGGAUCAUUGUUCUUCUGCAUAAGUGAUUUGAGUUUUUGGUCACAAACUGAAUGUCAAAUAUUCUUCAUGUUCAAACAAAAGCAUAAAUAAAAGCUCCACCAAUUGCAAUGAGUCAUCCUGUUCCAGAAAAAAAUCCUGACCAUCACACAACCAUCACCAUUUUUUUAACCAAUGUUAGAAAGCCAAAAAUAACCUUAAAUUAAACAAAGAAACCCUCAUAGGUCAUUGUAUUUAUUUUUCUUACAACAAACGUCACACUGACGCACAUCACUAUUUAUAGAGCUACGUCGUCAGAUGAAACCAUGUUGAGACUCACAUUCGUUAAUUAAGGAUUUAUUAAUUAAACCAACUGAAUAAAAUCUUUCAUUAAGUAGUUAAAGAAAAAAAAUAAUACCCUUACUCUUACAAAGAUGCAUUGAACGAUCAGAGACACACUUGCCUUUUUCUAAAUUUUACUUUGAGCGGGAGGUCAAAGGUUGUUGUUUACCUUCCUACACACAUAAAUGCAGCUUCUUAGCUUGAACAAUCAGCUAUAGGCUGACUAUCUUACAGACGAUGUGAACAGGGCUGCAACAGAUGGGGUCAAAUGGGAUCCAUUGAGACAAAUGUUAUCUGAAAGCCUGCACACUGUAUGCUCAGGAGGGGAGAAGCAAUGACGAACAUAAUGCUUGUGUGUUCACGCGUAUGUGUUUGUGUGCAGAUAGAAGAAGGUAGUACAUGAGUGGGCGCUGAUGAGUCUGUAGCCGUGCAGUAUAAAUAUCUGAGACCAAAGGCAAGAAGUGCAUCGGUUCUUCUGGGGCAUCAAGGAGGAGGUGUGGAGACUUACAAAGAAAAGAAUAGAAUUAGAGAAGGGAACAUGAAGGCAUCACGACGGUGACUGCAACAAAGAGCAAAGGAAGAACUGACUCACAACACUGUAAGGUCUGAAGAGAGAUUUCAUCAGGAGGACUGAAAAAUUGACGCAGAAAUGGCCAACACAAGAGAAGUACUUUUGGCUUCACUGUUGCUCCUGGGAGUCAGUCUGCCGUGCUUCUCGGUGUAUAACAGUGGCGAAUGCUUCUUCAACACUAAAGCAAGCUGUGAAUACACGGGUCAGGUGUAUGGCAUUGGGGAGAGCUGGAUAACCAGUGAUUGCUACCAGUGUGUCUGCAUGGAGCCUUUUGGAGUGGGAUGUUGUGACCUUGCGACCAAGCCCGUUGACUACCCGGAAUGGUGCGAAGUCAUUCGUAAACCAGAUUCUUGCACCAGUCUUGCUGUGAUGAGAGUCAAUCACAAAUUACCCUGUCUCUGGGGACAAGGACAUCUCAGACCAGCUGGGCAGCCAUGGAAAUCUGACAAUGAUCCUUUAUUUUAAUUUAAGCCAUUCUGGGGGAAAAAAAAUAGAAAAAUGUGAAGGUUGUUGAGAUAUAACAAAGAAAAAAAAACCAAUUGUGAUUCUCCUUUUUUAAUAUUGUGACCAAUUUUUAUUUUGUGCAUCUGUUGACUAUGAAAGAGUUUAUUACUUUGUUCAAAGUAGUAUUUAAAAUAAGAGCUAUUAAUAAAUUGAAUGCUUGUACAUACGUGUUAUAGUUCUUGCCAUUAUUUAGCCCUUUGAGUUAAACUGAGAGUUGCAUUAUUUUGUUAAAUACUUUGUUGUAGCAUUGAUUAUGCUACUUUAAGACCUGGUGUAAAAGAGACACAUGUUGCUUUGGCAAAUAGA